AUGGGUUGUAAACAUUCACAUACAUCAUCUCCUCGUGAAUCACCAGUGAAGAAAAUCACUGCAAGUGGAAGUUCGAUUGUAUUAAAAAGUAAGAUUUCUAUUCAUCGUGCACAAAUCGCCGAUCAGCAAACACCAAUUGGCAACAAAUCAUUAUCAUCAUCGAAAUUAUCGAUUUCAACUAAGAAAACAUGUCUGUCGUUAUCUUCGUUACCAAUUCCAUUUACGGCGUUAUGUUUGGAAAAAACACUAGAUGAACAUGACCAUUAUUUGAUCAAACGAUUUAAAAUAGAUACAUCUUGUCUAAUUCUUGAUGUUUCACGAACACACGUUCUUCUACUUGAUGGCCGACAACUUCGAUUGAUUCAUAUAGAAACCAUGGAUAUUGAAACAUGUCUUCUACCACUAAACUGCGCAGAUGUUCAAGAGAUCGCUUGGUCGGCAACACUCAAUGCUUUUCUUCUUCUGACUGCUGAUCAACUAUAUAAAACUGGUACGAAGCAAUUACAACCAAUUCCUAUUCAUCAAAUUCAAUUUAUUGCUGAAGGACCUCGAAAAUCCUAUAUGGCUGUUGACGGCGACGAUUUAUUAAUAAAUCGUUCAUUCGGCUGCGACCUUCGUCGUUAUUCUCUUUCAAAGGUGUCUCUCGUCGAACCACCUCGUCCGUAUUCCAAUAUUGAAAAUCUGUCAGUGACAAUUAUUCGAUUAAAUUCAAACAAAAUUCUUGCCCUUGCUAUCUCAAUCGGCAAGAAGCAAAUGGUCGAUUUGGUUAAUUUAAACAGCGAACAACUUCUCCAUCGUAUUCACAUGGAUACCAAUGAAAAUAUUUUGUAUCCAGUGAACUUACAUAACAAUGGACAAUGGUUUGCCAAAACGUGUACUCCUUGUGUAAAUAUCGGCCAUUGUUUAAUCUCGGCAAAUGGACAAGUUACAAGACUAGCACUUUUUCCAAAUCAGGAUAAUUUCAUUCGAUCUUUCGCCAUGAGUCCUGAUAAUCGAUGGUUAGCUAUCAGUCGACAACAUGUAUUAGAACUGUAUCAACCAUGCUCAUCAUUUUUACCGCUAAUGAAGAACUUAGCUGAUGUUAGUAGUAUUUCAUUAACAUGA